CCACCUGGCCCUUCGCCGCUUCCUCUAUUGGGUAACUUGCUCCAAAUGCCAAAGGAGAGAGAAUGGUUGACCUUCUAUGACUGGGCUCGAACAUACGGCAAUUAUUUUUACCUGAGCAUCCUCGGUCAACCGAUAUUGGUGUUGAAUACUCACGACGUCGUGUCGGACCUACUCGAGAAGCGUUCAGGCAUUUAUUCAAGUCGUCCCCGUCUGGUCAUGGCCGGAGAUCUCGUUGGAUUCGAUCAGGCGAUUGCACUCAUGCCUUAUUCCGAACGUUUUCGUCAACUUCGCCGACUUAUCCAGCGUGAGCUCAAUGCGAAGGCGUUGGAAAAAUACUGGCCGCUGCAUGAACAGGAAAGCAGAGAAUUAGCCAAAAAUCUCAUUUCACAUCCGACCGAAAUGCAAUCGUAUAUUCGCCACUACGCUGGAUCAGUCAUACUAAAGGUUACGUACGGCUAUCAAACGCAGCCGAAAGACGACCCUUUCCUACUUCUUGCUGAGAAGGUCAUGCAAGCGUUCUCCAUGGCGUCUCAACCGGGCGCUUGGUUGGUUGACCUCGUACCGUGGCUUCGAUAUCUUCCAAGCUGGAGCCCUGGGGCGGGAUUUCAAAGCACUGCCAAAAAGUGGUCCGAUUUACACAUGCAGGUCAUCAACGGACCCUACGACUGGGCUAUGAGAAACCAGGGCUUGCCCGCGUUGGCUAAACCCAACUUCGUGUCAACUGUCAUCAACCAAACUGAUGCUGACUUGACUGAGGAGGAGCAGAGCCUGCUUCUGUGGUCUUCUGCUUCGUUGUUUGGCGGCGGCGCGGAUACGACCGUGGCUGCGCUGUCGUCGUUCUUCUUGGCAAUGGCUCUCUAUCCAGGCGUGCAACAGCGUGGAUAUACGGAAAUUCAGAAGGUCGUCGGCAAGGAUCGACUGCCAAGUGUAUCAGACAGAAAACACCUGCCUUAUGUCGAGUGCAUCAUGUACGAGGUACUUCGCUGGAACCCUGUGACACCGCUCGGUGUCCCCCAUAUGCUCGUAGAGGCGGACGUUUACGAGGGUUAUCACAUCCCGGCAAAGACCAUCAUUAUGCCUAACAUCUGGGCGAUGCUUCACGAACCUAGCAUUUUCCCCGAGCCCCAUUCGUUUCUUCCUGAGCGUUUCGUUGGGAACGAAGCUGCGGUGAAAGAAGUCAGUGUCGCUUUUGGCUUCGGUCGUCGAGCAUGCCCGGGCGUGGCUUUCGCGGAGUCAUCAAUGUUUGUGGCGAUUGCAACAGCGCUAUCAACCGUAAUCAUUGCAAACGCUAGGGACAUGCAGGGCAAGGAUAUAACAAGGGAAGUACCUUACAAAACGGGUACUAUCAGCCAUCCCCCAGCCUUUACGUGUUCCUUGACACCGAGGGAUGGCGCCGAACUUCUCAGUAUUCGAACGUAGAUCUGACUGCCGAUUCCCAUCCUCGAUUCCCAUCCUCUCCCAUCGUUUUCUUGUGUCGCGUUGUUCUUUUGUGUGCGCAGUGUGAUUUAGAAUGUUGGUCCGAUGGACCGCUCAUGCUCUGGGAAUGAAAGCGUCG